AGACGCAAAGAAUACGCUGCUGUCCAGAACAGCACCCUGAUCUCUUUGUUGAUUAUACUGCUACUUAUCUUCGUCUUCGUGCCAUGGCAAGUGGCGUACUUGGGAUGCUGGAUCAUUCAUUUGCACACGUGUGCCACAUAUCAUUCACCAUUUUCCUUUCCGGGUUCAGCACCUACUCUAUUAGUAGAUGACAUUCCCUUACUCAACCAAGGCCCAGACAACGAAGAGGAAAUGCAAGAUGGACAAAGCGACGAAGAUAGUAAUGAAACCCGCUCGGGCAUGUUGGAGUCCUCGCAGUUUCCCUCACCUCAAUUACAUAUUACUUCGACGAACGUCUAUAAUCAGAAUACUCAUAUACUUCUGUUGUUGACAUGGUUGCUUCCACUUGCUGCACCGGUGCUGGCUGUGUGGGUACGCACAUUACUCACAGCAGGGUACACCACUCCUUUUAACGGGGAUCAUAACUUCUUGAAAGUUGCACCCGUAUUGGUGCUUGUGGAAUACACUUCCCGGAGAAGUGAAACGUUGCUAUUUUCAGAAAAACGAAUUUCCGUGCGGUGGGGUUUUAUUGUACUGGCCAGUGUAGCCUUUUUGGCUGGUUCACGGACAGUCUUUCGUGUUUAUGAUUUCGCAAACCUCCAGAUUGCUCUCAUUGUUAUUGCGAGGAUAGGGUGGAGAUAUUUUGUUAGAGAUGGUAGCUCUGAUAGUAGGUCUUCGUAGUAAACACAUGCGCCAAUGAUUUUGUGUCACGUGCCUGUAUCAUACCUUAUUGAAGCUCAGCGUUAUUCUGUCAGUUUUCUU